AUGUCGAGCGCACAGGACUCCGCCGUGAGGCACCAGGCCAUUGUGCCGGACAAGGUCCCUACUGCUGACUAUCCCCGAGUUAUGCGAUACACCCGUCCUUCUGACUGGGCCUACGGUGCGGCAGUCGGAGCUAUGAGCCCGGGCCUGAUGCUCUACUGGGAGCAGGUUUCGCCCUCGUUCGUUGGCAAGGGUGGAUUCGCCCCAGUCAUGCGACUGAGCGGUGCUGUGGGCCUUACUGGAAUGUUCAUCUUCGCCUACUCGAGGUCUACCAGUCGCUUCUACGGCGUCCGCGAAAACCGCCGCGAGGUCGAAAUGGAUAUGCGGGAGAUGGUCGACAAGGUCAAGAAGGGCGAGUCGCUAUACGGCACCUCAGAGAUGACCGAGUACAUGCAGGGCGUCGCACACAGGAACUCGCGAUACUCAGCCAUGUUCGGCCACGUGCUUCUGUGGCCCAACUUUGUCAACCACCCAUACCACGGCGUGGACACCGCCAAGUACUACCGACAGGCCGAACUGGAGUUGGAGCAGGAGCGGGGCGUCAACUGCUCCCAAUACUCAUUCUCCUUCUUCUUCAACAGCCCAUCAAACUUGCGCGCAGCAUCAUACCACCUCCCCGUCUCCUCAAUCGGCAACUCAAUACUCGCACGAUCCGCCGUGUUCCACCUCACACGCAGCAACGCCCCCGUCGCGCCAUCAUGCUCCAGCACCGGAAAGCCGCGACGCGUGCGCGUGUACAUUCACCGUGCUCAGCACACGAUACGCCUCGCGAUCCGUGUCAUACAAUUCCUGCGCGACCUUGAACCCGUCGACGAGCAGGGACGCGCCGCCCUCGCCAUCGGUAUGCGACAACAGGUGGAAAGCUUGUAG